UUGUUUGUAAAUAGUUUUCUCUGCUUGCCACACUUGAAAUCGAAUGACUGAUAGUAGUUUGACAGAUAGAUAGAGCAAAAUUGUUUUGACGAGUGAUUGUGAGUCAUCGUCCAAAUAAAUUAAUUGGAAUCCGAGUUUGCAACUCCUUAAUAAUUUUAUAAUUCAACCCUGUGCUUAGUGCUAAGCUAAAAGGUCCUUGUGCCUGUUGUUUUUGUGUUCAAAGUUUUAUAAAAGCCGUCAAGCUGGGGAACGAAAUGUCUUCAUCCGCUAUGGAAAAACACCUAUUUAAUUUAAAAUUUGCUGUGAAAGAGUUAGAGAGAAAUUCUAAAAAAUGUGAAAAGGAAGAAAAGAUUGAGAAGGAGAAAGCAAAGAAAGCAAUACAGAAGGGGAACUUAGAAGGAGCGAGAAUACAUGCAGAGAAUGCUAUAAGACAGAAGAAUCAGGCCCUCAACUAUCUCAGGAUGUCAGCAAGGGUUGAUGCAGUGUCAAGCAGAGUACAGACUGCUUUAACUACUAGAAAGGUUACAAACUCCAUGGCAGGUGUUGUAAAGGCGAUGGAUGCAGCAAUGAAGUCAAUGAACCUCGAGAAGAUCUCCACACUUAUGGACAAGUUUGAGAGCCAGUUUGAAGACCUGGAUGUCCAGUCCUCGUACAUGGAGAAUGCAAUGUCACAGACCACAACCACUACAGUACCUCAAGGCGAUGUUGAUAAUCUGUUGCAGCAAGUCGCCGAUGAAGCUGGUUUGGAACUCAACAUGGAGCUGCCAUCUGGAGUACCAAGCACCUCCGUGGGGCAGUCUACAGUUGUAUCUCAAGAACAGGAUGAGCUUACACAGAGGUUGGCUAGAUUACGACAAGCCGAAUAACCAUUGUUGUACAUAAAUGUUAUGUAUUAUGCACAUGUUUAAUGUAAGACCUAAAUGAUGCAUGGUUCAAAGUCAGGUUGCGCAGUUUAUGUCAUUGAUAUUAUGACAUUUUAAAGAUUAUUUUACUAAGUAAUGCCUAGUGCAAAACUCAACAUAGUUGAGAAAAGGCAAGAAGUAGAGAAUAAUAAUCAUUAAUUACAUAAUGUAACAUGUUAUGAAAACCAUGUAGGUACAAGUUAGUUUACGAGACAGACAAGUAAUAUAUUUUGUUCAUUUCAUUCAAUGUUCUUGCACUCUUACUAUAUUUAGAAAUAGUUUUACUACAAAAUCACGUCAGUUAAUUCCAAGUAGAACUCCGUAACUGAUGACGUCAUAGCAUGACGCAAGCAAAGUGCUGUGGAUUAGGCUAGAAAAAUAGAAAUCCUGUAUCUUGGACACUUGAAUGGUCACAGACACGUGACAGAAUCUGAGUCAUACGUGUUUUAUUUUACUUACAUUUAUUACAGUAUU